UGCCUGGCGGGUGCCCUGUGCCAGGCAAGUUCACAUCGCAGCCCUGUGCUGGAGGGGCAGCACAGGGCUGUGGUUCCCAUGGGCUCUUGGGCAGGUGCCAGCGCUGAGCUCAGAGUUUCCGUUCGGAGCAGCUGGUUCACACGCCAGCGGGUGAGGGAGCACAGCCCCGGCCCCAAGGGUCCUGCUCCAGGGCAGGGCUGUGGGACCACAGGGGUUCUAGGGAGCCACCACCACCUGCCCCGCUGGGACCCACAUCUCCCACCCAGAGGACUGGCCUAUAAGGUGGAGGGGCAGCAGCAGCCCCCUCCCUGUGAGGUCAAGAUGACAGUGGAGUCUCUGUGUCUGGACAGGCUGUGCCAGCCUGCUGGACAGCACAGCUCCCUGGGGACCAACUGGGGUGGAGCACAGCAGGGGUGGGAUGAAGGGAACACAGUCCUCAGCUGGUGGGGGUGGGACCGUGGGACCAGCACAGUGCAGCUGGCAGGACACAGCUCAAAGCCGGUUACAUCCCUUCUGCCCAGCACUGUGGCACAGGGAAACUGAGACCCCAGGAGGGCCAGGGGCCACCCCAGGAAUCCUGACCCUGCCCUGUUCUCACGGGGAGCAAUGGCACCAGGCAGAAGGGACGGGUGCCGUGGACGGGGGGCAGUGGGGACAUGUGCAGCAGCACAGGCUGCCCUCUGCAAGGCCACAGCUGGACACCGGCAGCUGGUGCUGCAGCUCGGGGGCAGCGGUGACAGCCCUCGGCUGCGCGAGGAGCGGCGCAGGAGGAGCGCGGAGGCCCGUGAGCUCAGCACCGGGCUGCGGCAGGUGCUGCUGGCAGGGGUGAGGCAGGCACCAGCGAGCCUCCCGGAGCGGCGGGAGCUGGAGCGGCUGUGGGUGCUCUUCCUCUCCGCUCUGGAGCUCUUCCUGCAGGAUCUACGCAGAGCCCACUACCUCUGCCAGCUCUUCUCCAUGCAAGAGGGUGGCGUGGCCCCACUGCGCACCGGGCUGGGGGGCUGGGGGCUGCCUGGCCGGCGAGGGGUGGUUUCCAUGCAGUCCCCGGCUGCCCAGGGCUUAGAGGAAGAGAUCGAGCAGGUGAGGGCCACAUUAUCAGAGAUGGAGAGUGGAGCCAACAUUCCGCCAUGGACGGUGGAAGCCACGGAGACCACACAGCCAGUGGGGAUAGGUGGCACUGCAGCCAGGGGGGCUUGGGCAGGGCCCUGCACUGGCCACUGCUGUGGGGUGCUCUGAAGGGGAGGCCAGGAGGCAGCAAAGCUGGCACCCCCUGUCACAGAGCAGGGUAUGGGAGCCCCCAUGUACCCCCACAGUCCCCAGCCCCCUGCCUAUGCAGGCAUUGCUGGGGGCUGCCCCCACCCUGCAGAGGGAAUGGGACCACUCCAGGCCCCCUAAAUGUUGAUAGAGCCCCUGAUGGGGGUCAGUAUCCCUCCCUGCCCACACUUGCAGAAGUCAUAAAUGUGCAUUUAUUUAUACAUUAACCGUGGCUCGGA